UCAUCUUAUCCCCCUCGCACCCCUCGCCCGCAAACGUGUCUGACGGGUACAUCAUGAUACUCCCCACAUCCAACAAGACAGAGUCGUCGUGUACCCGCCCCAGGUCGUUUUCGAUCAAGUUGGAGCCCACGAAGGCGUGGGCGUGGGCGAAGACAAAGUCUGUGCAUAGGCGUAGGUGUGCUUCUGAGGCGCUGAGCGAGGUGCUGGACAGUGCGGAGGCGAGUGCGGUGCUGUAUCCGAUGACGUUUUGGCACGUGUAGAGGAGGAACUCGUCGCCUGGGGAGUGAGUGUAGGUUUUUCAAUGGACGAGGGGGCUUGCGGUCGUUGCGGAUGAAUUCGUGGGACAUGCCGAAGACUACACAGCCGAUGGUUACUUUGGUCCUUGACAGGCGCUAUCUGCGUAGGUGUGGCGCUAACCGUGACCGAGCUGUCUGGGUCAGUAAAAGCCGGAUUCAAUUCUGUGUGUGCGCGAUGAAUCGACGUGCCUCGUGUGCGACUUCUUCCACAACUGCAUGCUUCUGUAACUGCAUCCAAUGGAACCCCACCGCGUACCUGGCCCCAAGACGAUACCCCUGCGUCGCCAGCGAUCCCUGGCCUAGAUUCUCGCUGAUCCGAAGCGUGUCCUUUUCCACCCUGGGAUUCCACACCGCAGCGCCAUCAACCAGACCCGGUAGGAAGCAGUACUCCGGCUGCCGCAGCGCGGGCUCGGGGUUUCCAUCGUCCGCCUCGCUCCACGCCAGACUGUGCCCUGUCGCUGCACCGGCGGGGUAGCCGAGCGCUUCCGCCCACAGCGUAAAGGCGGCUUGCACGCGGCAUUUGAAGAGGGAGCG